AUGAGGCGGGGUGGAUGGAGGAAACGGGCAGGCGAUGGCGAUGGCUGGGGAAUAUUGGGAGGGUACAUGUCUGCGAAAGUUAAGAAACUGGAUGAUCAAUUCCGGGCAGAUUCCAUUGUUCAGCACCAGAGGGAUGGAAAUUCAUCAAGUAUCUUUAGUGGAGUUGCCAUCUACGUCAACGGCUUUACAGAUCCCUCAGCUGAUGAAUUAAGGAGACUAAUGAUGUUGCAUGGAGGCCAAUACCAUGUGUAUUAUUCCAGAUCCAAAACAACGCACAUCAUUGCCACAAAUCUUCCAAAUGCCAAAAUAAAAGAACUGAAAGGAGAGAAAGUAGUUCGACCAGAAUGGAUCAUGGAAAGCAUUAAAGCUGGACGCCUUCUCUCAUACAUUCCCUAUCAGCUUUACACCAAGCAGUCGAGUGUUCAGAAAGGUCUCAACUUCAAUACCAUAUGCAAACCUGAAGAUGCUGUGCCAGGUCCAAGCAAUACAGCUAAAGAGCUCAACAGGGUAAAUCAUAUUAAAAAGUGUGAGACUGAGAGUGAGAUCACACCCAAUGGAAUAAGUAGCUGGCAUGAAGAGGAAGACGAAAGUGACAGUUUUGGAUUUAUGGAGCUGGAGCCAGUCCUUCCUGAAAGGAAACAAAAUGGGAUUCAGCCUCACAAAGACAGCCCUGCCAUUUUUAAUGGACACACACACGUUUCUACCAGUGCCUUAAAGACACAGGAUUGCUUGGCACCGUCCAGCACCAGUGUUGCCAGUAGAGUCUCUCCAGGCCCUGUGCAGGAGGAGGGGAAGACUGAGAAAGGCACYGUUGACUUCAGAGACUGCACAACGCAGCAGUUGCAGCAAAGCAACAAGAAUAAAGACUUCCCGUGGAAUCCACAUAGGACUAUGAGCAAUUCCUCCUCAUCUUCAUCUUUGCACAGUAAUACUAAACUAAAUGGUGCUCACCACUCCACUGUUCAGGGGCCUUCAAGCACAAAAAGCACUUCUGGACCUGCUCCUAGCAAGGCAGCUUCCUCACCUGUGUCCAGACCUUCAGAUUGUAGUUUUAUUUCUGACUUUUAUUCACGGUCAAGACUGCAUCAUAUAGCAACGUGGAAGUGUGAAUUGACAGAGUUUGUCAACAGCCUGCAAAGGAAAAACAGUGGUGUCUUUCCAGGAAGGGAAAAAUUAAAAAAAUGGAAAGCAGGCAGGUCCACAUUUAAAAAUGACACAGGUAAUGUGUCUGUUUCGAGCUUGGCCAAGCCACCGAGCUGUAUAAUGCACGUGGAUAUGGAUUGCUUCUUUGUGUCUGUAGCUAUCCGAAAUAGACCAGAUCUCAAAGGAAAACCAGUAGCUGUUACCAGCAACAGAGGUGCAGGAAAGGCACCACUGCGCCCUGGAGCCAACCCUCAGCUUGAACAGCAAUAUUAUCAGAAUAAACUAUUGAAUGGCAAAGCAGCAGAAAUUAGAGUUCCUGAUAAGCCGGACUCAUCAGUCUGGGAGCAUCCAGAUUCCACAGAAAUGAACGGAGCUGAUACGGAUCUCACUAUUCUGUCCAUGGCUGAAAUUGCCUCUUGUAGUUACGAAGCCAGACAAGUGGGCGUAAAGAACGGAAUGUUUUUUGGGCAAGCAAAAAAGUUGUGUCCAAAUCUUCAAGCAGUGUCAUAUGAUUUUGACUCAUACAAAGAAGUUGCACAGACAGUAUAUGAAAUACUAGCAAGCUAUACUCAUAACAUCGAAGCAGUCAGUUGUGAUGAAGCACUAGUAGAUAUCACUGAAAUCCUUACAGAGACCAGGCUGACUCCUGAUGAAUUUGCAAAUGCUAUCCGCACCGAAAUCAAGGCCCAAACUAAAUGCACUGCCUCGGUUGGCAUGGGUUCCAAUAUUCUGCUGGCCAGAAUGGCAACUCGUAAAGCAAAACCAGAUGGACAGUAUCACUUAAAACCAGAAGAAGUGGAUGAUUUUAUCAGAGGCCAACUUGUUACCAGUCUUCCAGGAGUUGGUAGGUCAAUGGAAUCCAAGCUGGUUUCUUUGGGGAUUAAAACCUGUGGAGAUCUACAGUGUGCUUCAAUGUCAAAACUGCAGAAGGAAUUUGGUCCAAAAACAGGACAGAUGCUUUACAGGUUUUGUCGUGGUUUGGAUGAUCGACCUGUUCGAACAGAAAAAGAAAGAAAAUCUGUUUCAGCAGAAAUAAACUAUGGAAUAAGGUUUACACAGCCUAAGGAAGCAGAAGCUUUCCUUCUGAGCCUCUCGGAAGAAAUCCAACGUAGGCUGGAAGCUGCUGGUAUGAAGGGUAAACGGUUGACUCUAAAGAUUAUGGUCAGAAAGGCUGGGGCACCGGUGGAGCCUGCAAAAUAUGGAGGCCACGGAAUCUGUGAUAAUAUUGCCAGGACUGUGACUCUAGACCAUGCAACAGACAGUGCAAAAAUAAUUGGGAAAGAAACUCUGAAUAUGUUUCACACCAUGAAACUGAACAUAUCAGAUAUGCGAGGGGUUGGAAUUCAGGUACAGCAGUUAGUUCCCAUCAAUCAGACUACUUCAGCUCACUCCACAGUACGAUCUGGACACUUACCUGGUGGAUCCCAUUCAGUCAUUGAUCUUUUCCAUGUCCAGAAAGCAAAAAAGUGCUCAGAAGAAGAACAUAAGGAAGUGAUUGUGGCUGCUAUGGACCUUGAGAUAUCUUCAGAUUCAAGAACCUGCACUUUUCUUCCACCUCGCGGUACUCACCUGGCCUCUGGUCUCAGUUCUAAUGCCAAUAAGCCCGAGUCUGCUGUCAAAUGGAACGGCCUACAUUCUCCCAUCAGCGUCAAAUCCAGGCUCAAUUUGAGCAUUGAGGUUCCAUCUGCUUCCCAGCUAGAUAAGUCCGUGCUGGAAGCUCUGCCGCCCGAUCUCCGAGAACAAGUGGAGCAAAUUUACGCGGCGCAGCAGGGCGAAACGCCCGGAGAGAGUAGGAGGGAGCCYGUGAACGGCUGCAGCAGCGCCGUGGUGCCGCAGCCCCUGGGAACGGUGCUGCUGCAGAUCCCGGAGCCGCACGGAGCAAGCGCCGAGGCGGGCCUUAGUGUCAUUGCCCUGCCCGCCUUCUCCCAGGUGGACCCCGAGGUCUUCGCGGCGCUGCCUGCUGAGCUGCAGGCAGAGCUGAAAGAUGCCUACGACCAAAGGCAGAAGCAAGCAGAGCAGCAGCCUGCCCACGCCGUGGUAUCAAAAAACCCUUUAGCCCACCUGAAGCAUGCAACAGUGAAAAGUAAGAAAAAAAUCCGGAAAAAAAAUCCAGCUAGUCCUUCAAAAAAGGUUCAGAGUCCAUUGAAAAACAAACUCCAUGGCAGCCCUGCAAAAAACAUGCCAACUACAUCUGGAAGCCCACAGAAGCUGCUAGAUGGCUUCUUGAAACAGGAAGGAGCAACUGCACAGCGCGGGCGCCCUCGCCUCUUGUGUUCGCAGCAGUGGGAAGCCGCUCCGUCCACGUCCGGCCCGGCGGGGCCGGCGGCGCUGCAGCCGGAGCAGCGGGAGCGGCGGGAGCAGCCGGGCCCCGGCCGGCCCCAGGCGCCCAACCUGGCCGGAGCCGUCGAGUUCAACGACGUGAAGACGCUGCUCAAGGAGUGGAUCACAACCAUCUCAGAUCCCAUGGAGGAAGACAUUCUGCAGGUCGUGAAGUAUUGUACUGAUCUGAUAGAAGAGAAGGAUUUGGAAAAGCUGGACCUGGUCGUUAAGUACAUGAAAAGGCUGAUGCAGUCGUCGGUAGAGUCCGUUUGGAAUAUGGCAUUCGACUUCAUUCUUGACAACGUUCAGGUCGUUCUACAGCAAACGUACGGAAGCACAUUGAAGGUUAUCUGACCGUGUCGCGAGGAGCCUGGUGAGGGCCUGGAGCUCUCUGCUAGCUGUGCCAUAAGUGCUUGUGAGGUAUUUGCAAAGUGCAUGACAGUAAAGCCCUGAGUUUUUAUAAUUUCCGAUUUCUUUGUAAACAACAAAGUGUUUUGUACAUUUCUUUUCAGAAAGUGCCAAAUUUGUCAGUAUUGCAUGUAAAUAAUUGUGUUAAAAUUCUUUUAUUGUAGUAUAGAAUCUAUUUACAAAAUGUUUGUUUAUAAAGUUUUAUGGAUUUUUACAGUGAAGUGUUUACAGUUGUUUAAUAAAGAAC